AUGGAGAUGUUUAUACGCAAAUGGUGCCAGAACGCUCACCUGGACGACGUCCGGCGAGACAACGUCAAGGACUGGCUGCUCUGGGGACUGUUUGACCGCGAGGGCCCGCCAGGAGACGACGACGAGGAGCUGGAGCACUACGUCAUGCAGGCCGAGGCCAAGCUGGGCUGGGAGAUCAAAAAGGGCAGGGGAGAUUGCGAGGCCAUCAAGAUCAGCUUCGACGAGGUGCUGGUUGACCACCGCAGGCUUGUGGACAUGUUGACCACCAUCUGCUUGUACUUGCUCGGCUUCAGCUUCUACCGGACCAAAAUGUCGACCUUUUUCAAGAUUUUCCCGUUCCGACCUUUGGGAUUGCUGGGCUGGAACGAAUCGGCCGCCCGCGACCACAUGAGCUAUUUUUGCCGGCCACACAAAUCCAAGACCCAGCGACCCAUCAUUUUCAUCCACGGCGUCGGCGCCGGGCUCUUUCCUUAUAUCAACUACUUCCGCACGAUCCCACGCGACGUGGGCGUCAUCGCCAUCGAGCUCCUCCCAAUCUCCUCCCGCAUCAGCCCACCGCUCCCGAGCGCGUCCGAGAUGACCAUGUCCAUCGCCGCGAUCCUGGAGCAGCAGGGCCCGGCCUUCAACGACGUGGUGCUGGUGGCCAACAGCUACGGCACGUUCCUGACGACGCCGCUUCUCCUUUCGCCCCACGUCGCGCCCAAGAUCAGCUCCCUGGUGCUCGUCGACCCCGUCGCCUUCCUGCUGCACCUCCCCGACGUCGCCUACAACUUCACCCGCCGCGUGCCCAAGCGCUUCAUGGCCAACCACUGGGAGAUGCACAUGGUGGCGCGCGACCCGAACCUGGCGCACACGCUCGGGCGCCGGCUGUCGUGGCGCGACCACAUCCUCUGGCGCGAGCUGCUGCUGCACUCGUCCCCCUCGCAGGGCGGCGCGGGCGGCGUCGGCUUUGGCGACUCGGGAGAGGUGGCCGUGUCGGGAGCCGAGGCGGGCACGCGGCCGGCGGCGACGAGCGGGCGGCGCACGACGGUCAUCAUCGGCGAGAAGGACUGCAUCAUCGACGCGGCGGCGGUGGCGAGCUACGUCGAGUACGACACGGCUGAGUCGACGCCCAUGGAUCUGGCGACGUUUGCCGCGUCGGAGAAGUGGUGGAACGGGUCGCGGCCCAUCGAGCUCAUCUGGCUACCCGGGGAAGACCACGGCAGCGCCUUCCUCAAGCCCAGCAAGGUGCCCACGGUCGUGCGGGUCGUCAGCAGGUACUGCAACAAGGACUUUGGGUUCGCGGAGCGCGAGCUCAAGGACGGCAGCCGCCCCGGCACGAGCCGCACCGAGGUGCAUGAUGACGACUACAACCUCGAGGAGCAGCGCAGGGACAAGCCGGGCGGGUCGGGCGACUCCAUCUGUUGACUCGAGGUUGCCUGCUGGAGCUACGGGGUUGUGUUUGUCAGUUGGGUGUGUCUGUGGGUGUUGGGCAUGUGGUGAAAUGCAUCAAGCUUCUUUUUGCAGUCAUGCCUUUUUCUUUCCCCUUGACUUUUUUUUUCUUUUUAUUAUUGUCUUUUUAGUUAAUUAGACUUGGCCGGCCCGAGUCGGGUUCUUUUUUCCGCUUAGCGGGGCGUUUGGGAGCGUUUGGAAGUCAUGGCGAACAAAAAGAAGCCUGCGGUAGUCUUGAUUAUUUAAAGUAUUCGAGUCAUAAUAUAAAAUGCAUUUUCAUUGUCAC